CGGCGGCGGGAGGAGCCGUCGCCGCAGCUGCCGCCGCUACCGCCGCCGCCGCCGGCCGCGGGUAGAGUCAGGACCGCGGACAGCGCCCCGCCGCGUCCCGUCCCGUCCCCCCCCCCGGCCCCGCGCCCCCACCAUGACGGCGGAGACCCACCUGCAGGGCGUGGAGAUCUCGGCCGCCCAGUUCUUCGAGAUCUGGCACCACUACGACUCCGACGGCAAUGGGUACAUGGAUGGGAAGGAGCUACAAAACUUCAUCCAGGAGCUGCAGCAGGCGCGGAAGAAGGCAGGCUUGGAUUUAACACCCGAAAUGAAAGCUUUUGUGGACCAAUAUGGGAAGACUACUGAUGGAAAAAUAGGAAUAGUUGAGCUUGCUCAGAUAUUACCAACGGAAGAGAAUUUCCUGUUGUUCUUCAGAUGCCAGCAGCUAAAGUCAAGUGAAGACUUCAUGCAGACAUGGAGAAAAUAUGACAGCGACCACAGUGGCUUCAUUGAUUCUGAGGAGCUUAAGAGCUUCUUGAAAGAUUUAUUACAGAAAGCAAAUAAGCAGAUUGAAGACUCAAAGCUAACAGAAUACACAGAAAUAAUGCUCAGGAUGUUUGAUGCAAACAAUGAUGGAAAGUUGGAGCUUACUGAACUAGCCAGACUACUCCCUGUACAGGAAAAUUUUCUUAUUAAAUUUCAGGGUGUCAAAAUGUGUGCAAAAGAAUUCAAUAAAGCCUUUGAGAUGUAUGAUCAAGAUGGCAAUGGCUAUAUAGAUGAAAAUGAACUUGAUGCACUACUGAAGGAUCUCUGUGAAAAGAACAAAAAGGAAUUAGACAUUAACAACCUUGCGACAUACAAGAAAAGCAUCAUGGCCUUGUCUGAUGGAGGAAAGCUUUACCGAGCAGAACUGGCUCUUAUUCUCUGUGCUGAGGAAAACUAGAACUCUUCUAUCAUGUCCACUUAACUAGUGAUGUACUCUAUCUACACAAUAACUGUGCACUAUAAGGGAGUAGGCUGUAUUUUUAAACUGCAUAUAGAAAAUUAGCCAGGACGUGUGGCACAUUCCUUUCAGUUUGUUUCUAUACUGUUUGUAAUGUACAGUUUUUGUAACAAUAAGAUUGAUAAAGAGAAUGUCUAUGUUUGGGCCAGUCUGUAUAUUCAAAAAGAAACUAAAAUAUGUCGGGGUUGGUUUUGGUUUUUUUUUUUUGCUUUCAUAAACAUGGCUGGAAAAAAAUUAAACCUGCUGACAUUGCUGUGGUCAUCAUAUCCUUUGACACUUGCAACAUUUCUUGUUGAACUACAUAACACAAAGGUCUACAGAUAUCUUUCCCCAUUACAACUAAGUGGGUUUUUUUAAAUGCAAAACAUGAAUUGAGAUUAAAUACGUUCUAGGUCUGAAAUAGGAAGGAGAUGCUGGCAUGUCUGAUUUCCAAAAUUUAACAAGGCACUAAGAACUAUUUUCACUUGUCAAACCACUCACUUACAGGUCUGUGCUUUCUGCAGUUUUUCAAUUACUCUUCUCAUUACGAACUCAUAGCAUAUAGACAAAGCAUUUAUCCGGGAUAGAUCUCCACGCAAUAGUUGACAAAAAUAUAGUGUUUUCAAUCUAGCUGUUUAACUUUACUGAAUUUAAACAUAGGCACUUCAGAAAUAAAUGCCUGUAAUCUGUCUUGGAAUCCUGGCUAAAUGACAGGUAGUAUAGUUAAUACACAGAUUAACGUAUGAUAUUAUAAGUGUACCUUUCAUGACUAUUCCUGUGUCAGAGAAUAUGACAAUCCAUUUUCUAAACUAUUUUCACAUUUUGCAGGUUAUAAUUAUUCUAGUAAAUUGCUGUUUUUACAUCAUAUUCUGUGUAAUCUAUAAUUAAAUUUAAUAUCCUAA